GAAGAACUCUUCGUCUCUCUGCAUCCAGAAGAUAAAAAUUUGCUUCUUUAGAGGACAAACUUUACAGAGUCUAAGUCAAGAAACAACACUAACUCUAACAAUGGAAGGAACUAGUUUUCUCCGAGGGCAACCUCUAACAACAUUGCCCUCUCUUCCCAGACAACGGUUCCUUCUCCGAGGAUUGAAGAACAAUCGGAUUGUCAGGUUUUCAGCUUUGAAGAAUCACUCCGAUUCUGUAAAGUCCAGGUCUUUCGAUCUUAGCCUCAGAGCUUCAGGCCCCAUCAAAGCAAGCUCAGGGGUAACAGAAGCCAACCCAACGAACAUAGGAUCAUCUAAGGAACAAGACCUUGUCUUUGUAGCUGGUGCUACGGGUAAAGUUGGUUCUAGAACUGUGAGAGAGCUAUUGAAGCUUGGAUUUCGAGUUAGAGCUGGAGUUCGAAGUGCUCAGAGAGCAUCAAGUCUUGUGCAAAGUGUUAAGGAAAUGAAGCUACAGAACACAGAUGAAGGAACUCAACCUGUAGAAAAGCUUGAAAUUGUGGAAUGUGACUUGGAGAAGACAGAUUCAAUACAACCUGCAUUGGGAAACGCAUCAGUGGUUAUAUGCUGUAUCGGUGCUAGCGAGAAAGAAAUCUCCGACAUUACCGGUCCUUACAGGAUCGAUUACUUAGCCACCAAAAACCUUGUUGAUGCUGCAACAUCUGCAAAAGUUAAUAACUUCAUUUUGGUGACAUCCUUGGGGACAAAUAAAUUUGGAUUCCCGGCUGCGAUUCUCAACCUAUUCUGGGGAGUUCUAUGCUGGAAGAGAAAAGCUGAAGAAGCGUUGAUUGCAAGCGGUCUCAAUUACGCAAUAGUUAGGCCUGGAGGAAUGGAGAGACCCACUGAUGCAUACAAGGAAACUCAUAAUCUCACUCUUGCUCUAGAGGAUACAUUGUUUGGUGGUCAGGUCUCAAAUCUCCAGGUUGCAGAAUUGCUCGCUUGUAUGGCAAAGAACCCUAAACUUUCUUUCUCUAAGAUUGUGGAAGUGGUUGCUGAAACAACUGCGCCAUUGACUCCAAUUGAAAAGCUUCUUGAAAAGAUUCCUUCAAAGCGCCUCUAUGUACCUCCACCAAAGGAAUCAGUUGCAGCCAAAGAGGUCACACCAGUCCCUACUAAGCCUGUCACUCAAGAACCAACAGCUCCCAAGGAGGAUGAAGCAACUGCUGAAGUUAAAGAUGUGAAACCUAGGCCGCUGUCUCCUUAUGCUGCCUAUGAAGACUUGAAACCUCCAACAUCUCCUAUUCCAUCUUCGGCCACAUCACCUGGUGCUACCAAAUCUAAGGAGGUAGAUGCCACAGAGGUUCCUGUUGAGACUAAUGCAGUUCCACUGCCAGAUACUAUCUCAAACGUCGCAGUAGAAGAAGAAGAAGAAGAAGUGAAGAAAGAUGAGGAAAAGAAAGAGACAGAUACUAUCUCAAAUGUCGCAGUAGAAGAAGAAGAAGAAGUGAAGCAAGCUGAGGAAAAGAAAGAGAGGCCUCUUUCCCCUUAUGCUAGCUAUGAAAAUCUAAAACCACCUUCAUCGCCCUCUCCUAAAGCUUCAGGUACCCGCAAGAGCGAUUCAUUGCCGCCUGCUCCAACCGAUUCUGAUACUGGUGAAAGCUCAACAGUUGCAGCAAGUAUCACUGAGACAGAAGCACCAAUCACGCCAAAAAUGAGACCUCUUUCUCCUUAUGCAGCUUACGCAGACCUGAAACCACCAACCUCGCCAACUCCUGCAUCAACCGGUCUUAAGGAAACAGCCUCUGAGAAAACAGCAUCUGCAGAAGAAAACUUAGAGUUGCCUGGAGGCAAUGAUGUGCUGGAAACAGUUGAUGGUAGUGUGAACACGACUCCACCUUCUUCUGUACCAGAAGCAGAAACUGUGAACAAUGUGACAGACACUUCCCUUACUUCAGAAGACAAUGCUGCUGAUAAGCCAAAGCCAAGACCUUUGUCACCUUACACAAUGUACGAGGACAUGAAGCCUCCAACAUCACCGCUUCCAUCUCCAGUCUUCAAUCAUUAGUUACUUAUGUGUGAGAGUGAGGCGCAUUGGCCUUAAACCCUGGAGCUUCUUCUUCUAAACUUCAGAUUCUUAAAGAGAAAUUGGGAAAUUCAGUUUUGCAGGUAUGAAUCAGUGAACCUAUAUGUAGAGUCAUACAACAUUCAUCUUGCCUUCUUGAGUUUUACAUUAUUCUUCUGUUCAAAUACUCAUAUUUGAUAACCCAUUGUUUCUCUCUCACAUAUAUAAUCCAAAUUUAUCAUUCAUAAACUGUGGGAUCGUCUUGUAUCUCUCAAGUGAGCUUUUCUCAUUCAAUCAACUUCACAUAUGUAAGGCUAAAUCUGUUUAAAACAAUGUAUACAGACUCUGUAUUACAUUGUUAAUAUAUAAAAAGAAAAGCGUUUGUUUA